UCUCAAACAUGACGUUGGCCGUUGACUAUCACCUCCUCCACCACUCUUCAAGGAACACGGUUUUUCGGGCUAAAAGUAUCUCGGAUUUGAUAAUCCUCCGACUCAACCGAAUCGUUUUUCUGUUUUUCUUUUUCUACCUUCACCUGGUGCUUGCUCUCUUGUUGCUCUGCGUAAUUCAUCUCAACUACCCGUCAAAUGUACGCCCAACAGCCCCAUGCCCAUUCAUCUACAUCAACUGUGUCAAGACACAGUGGUGGAGGAGGCUGGGAAGGUCAACCACGUGUAGAUCUGCGCAUUCCUGGAGACGUUCCGGCUGCGGUCCGCAAUCUUUUGCUUUCCAUGAAAAAACUCCAGGAAACAUUAAGACAGUGGAGUAUAGGCCACGCCUCAGAGAGCCAAGUCAGCGAUGUGUACGUUCAGAUUGGGACGGAUUUCAAUACUACGAUGCACGCAUUUGCCCAUCAUCAUAUUGAUUUAAGUGACAUCCACUCUAUCCCUAAAGACCUCCGUACUGUUUUAGAACAGUGUCUGGCUGAAGAUCCCUCACCAAAUGUACUCGCGUUGUUCAUGCCUGAGGUUCGAAAAGUCCUCUACCGACUCCUCAAAGGCCUGAACUCAAGACAAGAAGCCUGGAGAGCGGUCGGCGGAGGUCAACUUCCUACGAUGUCGUUAGAUUCCCGAUGAAGCGGAAAGCUAGAGACUCCGACCCGACUGACCGCGACCGACCCAUGACGAUGAACGCGCCCAAAAAAAAAACUUUAUACUUACACAUACACGAUCCCGAUAUUUAUUUCCGAUGCUCCUUUUCCCUCGAUCCAAUUCCCACAGAAACGGUAAUUUAUAUUCCCACUCAUCCUGAUACCCCGAAUACCCUCUCCUUUGUUCGAAUUUUCUAUACUUAUUGUUAUUUGUACGUACGUUGUAUAUCACCCAAACUUCAUGUAGCUUAGACCUGUCUUCCCUUUCCGUAGAGUUGCAAUCUAUUUUUCGCGAAUUA